GAUGGAUUUCCUAAACUGGUCAUACUGCCACCGAAAACCUCAUUUUGGCUCAAGUUUAUUAUUAUUGUUAUUAUUCCGAGGCUUUUAUAACAUUAAAAUCCCAAAAUACCAACUAUUCUGAGCUUGGAAGAACUCUACCAUCUGUUGGGCAUCUAGUGGCAUACUGACAUUUGGGUAAAACUCUGGGAAAACGGCAACAACAUGAACUUCUUGCGGCAAACUUUCGGCAUUACGAAACAAUUGACGACGCUGGCCAUCCAAAGCAGCUAUGAGACCGCCAUGCGCGGCAUGGCCUCCCUGCAGCAAAUGCACCGCGCCGGACCCCAUAUCAAGACGCGUCCGCCCCGCCAGCCGCUGGAUGGCAAACCAUUUGCCAAGGGCGUCGUCCUCAAGACACUGAUCAAGAAGCCAAAGAAACCCAAUUCGGCGAACCGCAAGUGCGUGCUGGUGCGCCUGUCCACCGGCAAGGAGAUGGUGGCCUACAUACCCGGCAUUGGACACAAUCUGCAGGAGCACAACAUCGUUCUGUGUCGUGUGGGACGCCUGCAGGAUGUGCCCGGCGUCAAGCUGAAGGCAGUGCGUGGAGUCUAUGACUUGGCGCAUGUCAUCAAGAAGACGCAGUAGUAAGCUAGACUCUAUCCUUCUUCUGAUCCUGCUCCUGCUCCCAAGUCACCUUGUACCAUAGACAAUAAAUGCGUAACCACAA